AUGUCCUCAGAGGACUCACUCAUCUCCUGUCAGAUGAUCAACGUCAAGCCGCCGAAAGUGGACCUGGAGAAGCUGAUGGUUUACACUGGCGAGGUGCUCCGGUUCGAAGCGAAGAUGAUCAACGGACAGGUGGAGGAUGAGAUGCGUUUGCUGGUUAUAGCCUUCUACCCGCACGAUGACGAGGUAGCCGUGUUCGAGGUUCCUGUUCGAAACAGUGGGCACUGGACAGGCAAGUUCGCUGACAAACGUCGUAUGAUCAACCCUGCCACCGGCCAGCGCUUCAAGCUCUCGGACCUUCGCGUAGGGACCACGGUGACGAUGGCGGGGCAGCCGUUGUACAUCACCCGUGCCGACGAACGCUGCCUACAGUUUCUUGAGGCGCGACCGAAGCAGUUUCCUUACGCAGACCCAAUUGCCUGCGCGAAGAAGUUGGCCGCGCUGAAGGGUGAGCCAGAGAUGGAAGAUCCAGACGGCGUUGAUCCGGAUCGGCUGAAAGAGUUAGCCUUGAGCCUGGGUCUAGACAUCGUGGAUCACGAGAUCGUGACGGUCCUGCGCAGGUUUGGCGUGACCGACGAGGAUGGCAAUCUCAGGAUACUGGGCCCCGCUGUGUUGGAAACCGCAGCGGCUCGUGAACGGCCGCAGAUGUCAAUCCAGACACCCAGCCGGUAG